AACGAAAUUAAUAUGUUUGACAUGAACAAACUUGGUAAUACAAACAACUUUAAAAAUAGAAUGAAUGUCGAUUUAAUAAAAUAUUUAAAUGAAGCGUAAUUUUGUUAGUAUCCCCUUUUUAAAAAAAAAACCGAUAAAUAGUAAUCUGAUAUACAAGCAAAAUUUUCACAACAUUAAAAGAAAUUAGAAUUUAAGGAAAUGUCAAAUACACUUUUAGCCGCAGCAUUAAGUGCUAUUACCAAUAAUACUGUUAUUACUUACGAUGAUUUUUGUAAUAAAUGGUGGAAUAGUGGUGAUUAUUCUCCAUUGAGUCAAGAAUCUCUUCACCAGUCACAUUUAAUUGGUGGUAGAGUGCCAACUGCUAAUAUAAAGGGUAGUGCAAAUAAUGAAUCAUCAAAAUUAAAAUUCGUGUUCUCAAGAGGAUCAAUAAGUCGAACUAAGAUGAAUCAAAAACUAGCCGAAGUGUUCAUUAAAACAUUAUCGGACAAAACUAUAAAAGUAGAAAUUGAUUUAAAUGAAACAAUUGAUCAGUUAAAAGCAAAAAUUCAAGAUAGAUUAGGUAUACCAUCAGAUCAACAAAGAUUAAUUUUUGCUGGCAAAGGAUUAGAAGAUGGUGCCACUUUAGUGGAUUGUGAUAUAAAAACUGGAAGUACCUUGCAUUUAUUAUUGAGGUUAAGAGGUGGCGGUGGUAUGGGAGUAUUAUUUAUUCAUCCGGAUCAGCUUGACCCAGAUUAUGAUUAUGAUUUCACGGAUGUAAAUGAUGAAGGAAUAAAAUUUAUGAGAGGAAAUUUUGAAUAUAAACGUCCUUGUGGAUGGAAAAGAAAUGCCCUCAACGUUCUUAAUAAAUAUGAAGAUAACAGUUGGCUUGGUGUUAAUAAUAGACGUUGUUUAACAAGUUCGGUACAAAAUGAAUGGCCAGUUUCUUACCAUGGAACUGCAAAACAUAACUGUAAAUCAAUCGCUGAUGAAGGUUAUCAAUUGUGCAAGGGUAAACGAUUCCUAUUUGGACAUGGAAUUUAUUCUACUCCGGAUAUUAAUGUUGCGUAUCAAUACGCUAAAAAAUUCACUUACGAAGGGGAUGUUUAUAGAAUCGUGUUUCAAAAUAGAGUUAAUCCAAAUAAUUUAGUUAGAAUUACAAAUGAAGAAACUGAAAAUGGUGAAUAUUGGAUUUCCCCUGAUGGAGCAGAUUUGCGUCCUUACGGAUUAGGGACAAAUAGAAUCGGAAACCACUUUGAAGUACCUACCGGACGUCUUGGAUAUUUGAUUUCAGAACUUGAGAUCGGUUUCAAUGAAGAGAACAGGACGCGUCUAAUAUGUCUUCUGGGAUUAUUAGAUAAUAAAUUACGAAGUUAA